UCCAAAACAAUGUCUGGUUCGAAGGUUGCCGCCCCUGCCGCUCAGGAUACUCGUAUCAAGAGCAUCCUUGAGCAGGGUGCCGUCAAGUUCGUCAUCAAGACCAAGGACCAGAAGUGGCAGUGCACCCUUCUCGACCGUGCUACUCACGAGAAGAAGAAGGCUCAGAAGGAGAGCUCUUCGGCUGCGUCUAUCUCCGGCUCCGAGUCCGGUAGCUCCGCCUCGAGCAGCAAAUCGCACUAAGCGCUUGCUGUCAACACCUUCUUUUUUUUAACUUCAUACAAUGAUUGCGCAAGAGCCAUGGAGGUCCCUUAACAACAUUAUGGGCUCUCUCACAUGAUCGUCGGUCAGCACAUGUUUCUUUCCAGAGCACUUGGAGAGCGGCUUAUGCAGUCGAUCAUGGAAGACUGAGAGCGGGCGAACGCGGCUUAUCACCAGAUGUCGUACGCACCAUCCAACACAUCGAACAUGGAACUGCGGUCGGAUAUUCCAUGUUUCCCGCGACACACGAUGAUUGCCCACCGGUAUCUGCAAAAACACGUGUCUUUUGGCAGUCAAACACAGCAUCUCUGGACUCUGUUUUUGCGCCGAGGAUAAGGAUCUCUCAUGCUCGCCUAUCUUCUGGCUUUUGUGCUUUCACAUCUAUCUGGCUUCAUAUUUGGGAU